AAUUAUAUACCUACGGACUCGUGAAUAUUUACUGAAUAUGAAAAUGCAAACUUCUCGAGAUUCCACGGCCUCUGAAAGAAGUAUUUAGCAUCCGAACCCCAGGAUUCACGGAUUUGAGAGGGGCACCCCGGAGAUUUAGUUUCGGCUGCGCUAGCCGGUGGCCGUUUCUACCCGUUUCUGAUGACGUCAUAUCGUGUAGGUUAUUUGGCCACUCGGUAUUGCAGCUGGUUCUUCGCAUGGUGGUCGGUACAAAGGUGUACGACAAGCUUCGAGAGGAAUGGCUGAGGACCAGACUGAUGAACGACAUUGGGAUGAUGUCCCCACAUGCCCAAACCAGCAAGGUUGAAUCAUUCCACAACAUCCUCCUUCACUUUUGCCCCAAGUUGCUUGUAUACUCAUAUCAAGGGAUGAAGUGCAGAUUAUAUUUGGCUGUCCUACAUUGGAACGAAAAUUGUGAUAGAGCCCAGGCUGUUGAUGCCGAAGGGAACCCAGUGUACAGGUUGAAGUAUCCACGCUCGAAGGAAGGAGGCCACACAGUGGAGAGAGUGCUGACAGCUGGCACAUGUGGUUAUGUGAAAGCCCUGAUGAGAGUUGUCGUAGAACUGGUGGAAAACAGGGAGCAGCUCAGAGACAACAUGGAGGAGCUACAGCCUCAACCAGCACGGAGUGCCUCUCAUCAUCACCCCGACAAUGGAGAAGCCGUGCAAGCUUUUGAACAACAUCAUCGCUUUGGCGAUAGAAACUAGUUCUUUUGGUGAUAGAAACUAUGAUGAAUGUGUCAGCUACCUGAACAUUAACCACUGAUUGUUUUAUUUCAGUACAAGACAUGUUUUUCAUAGACCCUAAAUUAUGUUUAUGCCAGUAUAAUUAUGGAGAGUAACAUGCAAGUGAGUAGUGGAUUCCGAUUCUAUGUGAGUGUAAAGCACUAGAAACUUGUCUGUAAGCUUGUACAUACUUACACAAGCCAAAGUCCAUGGUACACAUCAAUAGUCAUUGGUUUUAAUAGGUAAAAUACUUAUUAAAUUUGUAAAACUUACAUUUUUAGUUCAAUUAAAAACAAUUUCUGAAGCAUAUUCACUAGAUUUUCAUAAACACUAAGUAAAUCACUGUUGAUCAUGAAUUUGGCACCAAAUAUAAUCUGAUUUUUCUCACAGUCCUUCAUCUUGGCCAAUGCUUUUUGCUUCUUAUUUGCAAAAAA